AUGUCGGUAACCUUGAAACACGACCUCUCCAUGAAUGGAAGUGCUCCACUGGGAGCUCUCCCGGAUUCAUGGUACUCAUCACCUGAGAUUUUCGAGCUUGAGCGACGAGCUAUUUUCUCUCGAAAAUGGCUUCUAACCACACACAAGCUAAGAUUCGCCAAAACGGGCGACUGGCUGCGAUACAACUCUGCUGGAUUUAGUUUCAUCCUAGUUCGCGAUAAGGAGGGCGGUAUCAAUGCUUUUCACAAUGUUUGUCGACACCGCGCCUUUCCUGUCGUCACCGAUGAAGGCGGUACCUCCAGGAUCUUCUCCUGCAAAUAUCACGGCUGGUCCUACGGUUUGACUGGCAAACUCGCCAAGGCACCAGGAUAUCAAGACCUGGAAGGAUUUGACAAGAGCAAGAACGGUCUUUUCCCCAUUCAUGUUCACAUCGACAACAACGGCUUCAUCUGGGUAAACUUAGACGGCGGUGAAAGUCCGGAAAUUUCCUGGGAAAAUGACUUGAGGGGGGUUGACCUGCAGUCGUCGUUCAAAGAAUUCAACAUUGAAAAUUUUAGUUUUGAUCAUACAUUGGAUGUGAAUAUCGCGUACAACUGGAAGAUAUUGGCUUGCAGCCAUACGGGCGAUAUGAAUGAUGACGGAUUCAUUAACAACUCCCACACCACAUCGGACCAGGUUGCUCGAGGCCUGCAGAUCGCAAGCACCUAUUACUUUCCUAAUGCUUCCAUGGUCAUCUCUCCAAACUUAUUUUGUAUUAAACGGUUCAUGCCGACCUCAUCCACCAACUGCGAGAUGCGGUACGAAAUUUAUCGAAACAUCAAUUCUAGCGAUGAGGAUUUUGAGAUGACCCAUCAAGAGUUGAAACGCAUCAUGUCGGAGGACAAAGACCUCUGCGCCAAUACUCAGAGAAGCCUCAGCUCCGGGGCUUUUGCUGAUGGUGAGUCAGGCUCUCACAUGGACAAAGGGACUAUACAAGUUCAGAAUGCAGUGAGAGAUCUCGUCCUGGAUCACUACAAGCGGGAAGCGGAAGUGGGGCACGAGAUCUGGCCUUCACGCCAGACUCUGCCGACCGAAGCUCAAACCAGCAAGGAGGAUGUUGAUUUCUGUGCCAAGUUAUCAGCCCAGAAUCAGACAACUACCGACUGUUCGACCCAGUCUGGCGGCUGCUGUGGUGGAAUGGCUUGCCAAAGCGGAAAUCAGGCUCUCGCAUAUUAA